AUGCCAACUAUAACUUCUACAACGCAAUUAACUGAAACUAUGACAUUGAUCAAUGCGACUGAGGAAUUAUCUACCGAUAACAUUGAGAAUAUUGUUUCAACUACGGAAUUAUCUACCGAUGACAUGGAGAAUAUUGUUUCAACUAUGGAAUUAACAACAGAAACAAUAACAACUCACAUAUCAACAACAACAACAACAACAACUAUUAGAACGACAACAACUACCAUGACUCCACCGAAUUUAUUGAUAAAUCCUGGUGCUGAAUCAGGAUCAGAUGUUGGUUGGAAUCAAGUUGGUUCUUCUCCUGUCAUAAUUGAUUCAAAUGGCCAAUUCAAUAAUAAUUAUUAUCCAAACAGUGGAACUUAUUGCUUUGCUGGAGGAAACGGACCUAACUCACCAUCAAAAUUAGUUCAAAAUGUUAAUCUAUUGGGUGGUAUACAAGGUUUUACGGAAACUCAACUUGAUUUGGACUCUCUUAGAGCGGAAAUAACUUUUUACUAUCAAACUUGGGAUCGAAUGUUUAUCCCUCAUGAUCUGGUUCAAAUGUCUGCUGGUCCAUCAGCUGGUAAUAGUAAUGCUCUCAUUGUACCAAUAUAUGAUAAAAUUCCUUUAUCCCACUUACUUGAUGCUGCUGUACAAAAAACUUAUCAUGAAUUAUACACAAUGGCAGAUGUUCUACAUAGCAAAUCAAAUUUAGAACGAAAAAUAGAAUUAAUUAAAUUUGCUUGCCGUGUUAGACAAUUAUUUAUACGAAUUUUAGCUGUUGUUAAAUGGGCAGCAACAACCGGAAAAGUAACUGCAUGCGAGGAUAUACAAAAUUUUCUUGAACUUCGUGCACGAUUAAUACGUGAAACAUCUGAUUCAUUAGCUCAACUUGCACGUGAAAAACUUCUUGAAGCUCGAGUACCUAGUUUUCCUGUAACAGAUGCUAUUGAUGCAAUGACACUUGGUUCUGUGAAUUUUUUACCUAAACGAAUCGCAGAAGUUGCAACAAGUUUUACACCAGCUACUGAAAGUGAACGUCAAAAAAUUUUGCCACGCCUUCAACAAAUUCUUACAGCAAGAAUCUCAACUUCGGAAUUACCUAUGCAAUUUACUACUGUAAUAAUUAAAAAUGGACUAGUAACAUUGACAGUUGAUAGAGAAUUUGAAGUUAAAUUAGGAAUUACAAAUGAUAAUCUAUCAUCUCCAUGGCGUCUUUAUCAAACAAAAUUAUUUUUACAAGAUCCAGAAGAACCGGAUUAUAGUGAAAUAUUUCUUUUUCUUUUUACAGAACAAGAUCUUGUUCAUCCGAUGCAAAUACAAUUAUUAACAAAUUAUGUUCAAAGUUGGCUUAAUGAAUCUGAAAAACCAUUAGUUGAUCUUUAUAAUUAUUUACAUUAUUAUUGUCAAUCAUUAGGUUUACAAGUUUUAUUUGAACAAGCUCAUCGAAUACGUAAUCAAGGUGCAAAACAAAAAGAUUUACAUAUAUCUGGUUAUAAUCCAUGUAAAAGUUUUUAUAUUGAAUAUUGGAAAGAUUAUACUGCUACUAUUAAUAAUAAUCCACAAAAGAAACAAAUUUUCAAUGGAAAAAAUAUGGAUAUUGGUAUGACAAUUAUAUGUGAUGAUAAUGGAAAAUAUCAAAUUCAACAUUGGCCACCUUUACCUAUUGAUGAUAGUGUUGCCAUUUUAAAAGUUUUAGAAGUAAGAAUUUUCUUUGAUUUACUUGAAAUUGAUUCAUCAAUUCCAGCAUUACAAUGUCAAUUAUUACCUGAAAGUACAUCUGAAGAAAUUUUAUUUAUAUCAAUUAAUCCAUUUUCGGGUUUAUUUAAAGUCGUUUCUUAUAUGGAAACUCGUUAUUCACAACAAAUUGAAAAUGCACUUAAUCGUGAUCAAACAAAUUUAAUUGAUGCUAUUAAUUUAUUCAAAAUUUGGUUAAUUCAACAACGUAUUCCAUCACUUUUAGCUCAUCUCAAUUGUCAUGUAUAUACACGGAUACCAUCAUUAAAUCUAAAACAUGAAUUAAUUAUUCCUUUCAUUAAUGAUAGUAUUUAUAUUGAAUUAAUUAAUAACGAAGGAUUUUAUAUUCUUCUUCAUGUAUCUGAUGUAAAUCAAUUAUUAAUUCAAUAUUAUUUACUAAUUGUUGAGAAACGUUCAUCUAUCCAUGAACCACUUGUUCUUCAACAACAACAAACACCAAAUCAACAGACAACAACAUCAAAUGAUGAAGGUGCAAAAUGGAUAUUAGAACCAUUAAUUCUAUAUCCAUUAGAUCCAACAACAUUUUUAAGAAAAGAAUUAUUUGAAUUUAAAAAUUCAUUUCAAUACAAUAAAUCAACUGUAGAUGAUAACGGAGUUAAACAAGCACAACCGACAUCAAUUUUAUCUUUUAAAUCACUAAUAAAAUUCGUUAAUUAUUAUGACGAAAUGCUUUCAUUUAUAAUUUUAAAAGAAAAUUUUCAACAGAAAAAAACAAUAUGUAAAAAUAUACUCUACUGUCCAUGGACAGGCAUACCUUAUCUCGAUAUUGUUCGAACACCAACAGAUGAUGAUUCAUUUCAAUCAAAUUCUGAACUUCUCAGUUAUAUUAAUGAAUAUUUUUGGCCUCGUAUUCAAUCUUGUACUAUUCGAUUAUCUUAUCCUUUACGUGAUAUAGGUCGUGAUCAUAAAUCUACAACACGACAAUGGACUCUAGAUUUAAAUUUAUUCGAUAAAAAUUAUUUUCAUAAUGCUUUUAUUAAAACUCCGUAUAAUUCUAUUGUUGUUUAUAAUCAAACACCACAAGAAACUUCUUCCAAAAUAGUCAAUUUUAUUCAUAGUAAACUUCGAGCUGCAUUUGAAUUAACUCAUUUAUUUGAAAAUUAUUCAUUAUCAUUAUUAGAAUUAACUGAUCUUCAUGCAAUUUCUAAAUUAAUGUUUUUUAAUUUUUUUAAAUGUACAAUUCAUUAUGGACCAAAUUUUGCUUAUGCUGUAACAUUGACAUAUAAUAGUAAUCAAACACAACAAGAAUCAAAUUCAAAUGUCGAAGGAACAUUUGAUUUACGUUUUACAACAAUAAAUAAUAUAUUUCUACCAACAUAUCAUCAAAUAUUCAGUAGAAAAUUAACCUUAUUUUUAAAUCAAACACGUUCAUUAAAACAAUUUAUUCGAUUGUUACAUAUGACAGCAAUACCAUUGUCUUCAAUUGCACGAUUAAAUUGUUUCAAUCGACCGAUUGUUUUUGUUAAUCACGGCGGGUGUGCUCAAUCGACUCUUACACUUGUACCAUAUACUGAAUCUCGAUGGCGUCUUAUAUUUGGUCAAAUAUUUGCACUUGAUAUUCAAAUAUGUGGACCUAAUUUAAUACUUGUUCGUGAUGGUUCAUUUAGUGUACAGCUUAAUAGUUCAUUAUCAGAACUUACACAAAUUCCUAGACUUAAAGAAUUUUUAUCUGUAUAUGCGGAUGAUCGCGGUUUAACAUUCGAAUUUUCUGAUAUAACAAAUUGCUUUCAUGAACAAGAUUUUCUUUUUCCAGAACAACAGACACCUCUACCACUACCAAUUUCAAGUCAAUUAACAAAUCAAACAUUAAACACAGCAAAUAAUUCAACAUUAGAGAAUUCAUUCAUGGAAAUAUCAACACAAUCACCAGUUGCAUCACCUAGUGAUAUUUAUGAUGUGAUAUUUCGAGACCCAUUACCUAUGACCUCAGCAUCAACUUCGUCCAAUGUCAGAUCAGAUCAUACUGAUAGUCAGCAAUUAUCAGUACUCUAUAGUUACAAUCGUGAAUUAUUAACUAAAGUUAAUUAUCCUGUAUAUAUGACUCAACAAACCUUUUUUCAAAUGCUUUUUACACCGGAUGGACAUCAGUGGUCGAAAUUAGAAUCAUUUCUUGCUUCAUCGCUUCUUGUAAGACAAUUUGCUAAAGCUGUUACUGAACCUGCUGAUGCAAAUAAUCCAACCGUUCGUUCUGUACCAAAUGAACAAGAUACAUAUCGAAUAGAACAUUUAUCUCUUCAAAUAUCAUUUUUAUUCGAUAUUCCAACAACUAUAUAUCGAAUGUAUUUUAUAUCUUUAUUUGAUUCAACAUCACAACAACAAUCGAAUAUAUUCUGGUCGCCAGAUGAAUUACAAAUAAUUGAAAUAUUUUUUAAUGAUACAUUUUUUCCAUUAUCACCCUCAUCAAAUUUAAUAAUGCCAUCUAUUGAUAUUUUAUCUUUACAAGCAACUCAAAAUCUCACUACAGCUAUGGGUUCAUUUGAACGAAUGCUUUCACUUAUUCACCCUCGAAUAUUAAAAGAUCUCGUGAAAAUUAUUAGACUUGAACAGAAUCCUGAAAAUCAUCAUUUAUGGCGAGUACAUUGGUGUUUAACAGUACCACAAGGUAAUGGUUUUUCUCAAGUUGGUCAACCAGCAAUCUAUUAUAUGUCUAGUCGAUUAUCAUUUAUUUUUAUGUUUCAAUUUAUUUCUCGAAUAAAUCAAAAUGACCUUCAAACAAAUACUAGUAAUACUUCAACAUUUAUUGUUCCAUUAGUAUAUGAUACGAUUAAUAAUCAAACAACUUUAUGGGAUGCAUUAAAUAAACAACCAUCCAUGGGAAAUGAAGUUAAAUAUCAAACUAUAAUAAAAAUUUUGAAUAUAUCAAGAGAAACAAUGAAUCAAAAUGAAUGUUCAUUAUAUCCAUCAAUAUUUGAAUUAAUAACCCGUUUACAAGUUCCGUUUACAUCUAAUAACCUAUCAUAA